AGUGCCUGUAUGUGUGUGAGUGUGAGAGAAUGUGUGCGUGCGUGUGUGUGCGCGCGUGUGUGUGUCUCCUAGUCCCUGGGAGAGUGGAGGCUCAUUCACUGAUUAGAGCCAGCGCUGAGAGGCAGCACUGCUCCUUCUCUCACGCCAACCGAGUCUCUUGAUCUGUACAUGCAAUCCCAGGCAGCUCGCGAACACAAACCCGGGGCCAGCCGCCUACUGCUGCUGCUGCCGCUGCCGCCGCCGCCGCCGCCGCUGCCUCCGCCGGCUCUGCGAACCCGGGACUUUUCAUGCACCACACUCUCCGCCUGCUUCCCUCCGUGUCCUGAAAAGUGCGACCGUUCUCCCAAGGAAUUUCCACGGUCUUAGGAGGGAAUGAUUCCCCAGUAAUAUUCCCUGCCCUGACCCAAGGUGCCGCUUGGCCUCCCUCCCAGGGAAGACUGCUUCUUGUGUAACGCCGGCCACAGAAACAGACUCCGAUGGACUUACACCGGGCAGCCUUCAAGAUGGAGAACUCAUCCUACCUUCCCAACCCUCUGGCAUCCCCAGCACUGAUGGUCCUGGCAUCCACGGCUGAGGCCAGCCGUGAUGCUUCCAUCCCUUGUCAGCAGCCCCGACCCUUUGGUGUACCUGUCUCAGUUGACAAGGACGUGCAUAUUCCUUUCACCAACGGUUCCUAUACCUUUGCCUCUAUGUACCAUCGGCAAGGUGGGGUGCCAGGCACUUUUGCCAAUCGUGAUUUCCCCCCUUCUCUACUACACCUCCACCCUCAAUUUGCUCCCCCAAAUCUAGAUUGCACCCCAAUCAGUAUGCUGAAUCAUAGUGGUGUGGGGGCUUUCCGGCCCUUUGCCUCCACCGAGGACCGGGAGAGCUAUCAGUCAGCCUUUACGCCGGCCAAGCGUCUUAAGAACUGCCAUGACACAGAGUCUCCCCACUUGCGCUUCUCAGAUGCAGAUGGCAAGGAAUAUGACUUUGGGACACAGCUGCCAUCUAGCUCCCCUGGUUCACUAAAGGUUGAUGACACUGGGAAGAAGAUUUUUGCUGUCUCUGGCCUCAUUUCUGAUCGGGAAGCCUCAUCUAGCCCAGAGGAUCGGAAUGACAGAUGUAAGAAGAAAGCAGCGGCAUUGUUCGACAGCCAGGCCCCAAUUUGCCCCAUCUGCCAGGUCCUGCUGAGGCCCAGUGAGCUGCAGGAGCAUAUGGAGCAGGAACUGGAGCAGCUAGCCCAACUGCCCUCGAGCAAGAAUUCCCUUCUGAAGGAUGCCAUGGCUCCAGGCACUCCCAAGUCCCUCCUGUUGUCUGCUUCCAUCAAGAGGGAAGGAGAGUCUCCAACAGCAUCACCGCACCCAUCUGCCACCGAUGACCUCCACCACUCAGACAGAUACCAGACCUUUCUGCGAGUACGAGCCAACCGGCAGACCCGACUGAAUGCUCGGAUUGGGAAAAUGAAACGGAGGAAGCAAGAUGAAGGGCAGGUAUGUCCCCUGUGCAACCGCCCCCUGGCAGGAUCGGAGCAGGAGAUGAGUAGGCAUGUGGAGCAUUGCCUUUCUAAGAGGGAAGGCUCCUGCAUGGCUGAGGAUGAUGCUGUGGACAUCGAGCAUGAGAACAACAACCGCUUUGAGGAGUAUGAGUGGUGUGGACAGAAGCGGAUACGGGCCACCACUCUCCUGGAAGGUGGCUUCCGAGGCUCUGGCUUCAUCAUGUGCAGCGGCAAAGAGAACCCGGACAGUGAUGCUGACUUGGAUGUGGAUGGGGAUGACACUCUGGAGUAUGGGAAGCCACAAUACACGGAGGCUGAUGUCAUCCCCUGCACAGGCGAGGAGCCUGGUGAAGCCAAGGAGAGAGAGGCACUCCGGGGCGCAGUCCUAAAUGGCGGCCCUCCCAGCACGCGCAUCACACCUGAGUUCUCUAAAUGGGCCAGUGAUGAGAUGCCAUCCACCAGCAAUGGUGAAAGCAGCAAGCAGGAGGCCAUGCAGAAGACCUGCAAGAACAGCGACAUCGAGAAAAUCACCGAAGAUUCAGCUGUGACCACGUUUGAGGCUCUGAAGGCUCGGGUCAGAGAACUUGAACGGCAGCUAUCUCGUGGGGACCGUUACAAAUGCCUCAUCUGCAUGGACUCGUACUCGAUGCCCCUAACGUCCAUCCAGUGUUGGCACGUGCACUGCGAGGAGUGCUGGCUGCGGACCCUGGGUGCCAAGAAGCUCUGCCCUCAGUGCAACACGAUCACAGCACCCGGAGACCUGCGGAGGAUCUACUUGUGAGCUAUCUGCCCCAGGCAGGCCUCGCCUCCAGCAGCCCCACCUGCCCCCAGCCUCUGUGACAGUGACCCUCUCCCUUUGUACAUACUUGCACACAGGUUCCCCAUGUACAUACAUGCACAUACUCACAUAUGCGUACACACACACACACAUUUACACACGCAGGACUCUGGAGCCAGAGUAGAGGCUGUGGCCCAGGCACUACCUGCUGGCUCCCACCUAUGGUUUGGGGGCCAUACCUGUUCCAGCUCUGUUCCCAGGGUGGGGCAGGGAGGUGGGGGUUGGGGGAGUAGUGGGGCACGGCUCCUAAGAUCCAGCCCCCAGACUGACAGACGGACAGACAUGCAAACACCAGACUGAAGCACAUGUAAUAUAGACCGUGUAUGUUUACAAUGUUGUGUAUAAAUGGGACAACUCCUCGCCCUCUACCUGUCCCCUCCCCCUUUGGUUGUAUGAUUUUCUUCUUUUUUAAGAACCCCUAGAAGCAGUGCCUCCUUCAGGGUUGGCUGGGGGCUCGGCCCAUCCACCUCUUGGGGUACCUGCCUCUCCCUCUCCGGUGGUGUCCCUUCCCUCUCCCAUGUGCUCGGUGUUCAGUGGUGUAUAUUUCUUCUCCCAGACAUGGGGCACACGCCCCAAGGGACAUGAUCCUCUCCUUAGUCUUAGCUCAUGGGGCUCUUUAUAGGGAGUUGGGGGGUAGAGGCAGGAAACGGGAACCGAGCUGAAGCAGAGGCUGAGUUGGGCUAGAGGACAGUGCUCCUGGCCACCCAGCCUCUGCUGAGAACCAUUCCUGGGAUUAGAGCUGCCUUUCCCAGGGAAAAAGUGUCGUCUCCCCAACCCUCCCGUGGGCCCUAUGGUGUGAUGCUGUGUCUGUAUAUUCUAUACAAAGGUACUUGUCCUUUCCCUUUGUAAACUACAUUUGACAUGGAUUAAACCAGUAUAAACAGUU